UUUCUUGAUGUACUGUGCAUAUAUGAAGUCAUUGAUCAAACUAAAAUAAAACUCAUAGAUAAGCCAUCUUCUCUCUUGUUGAAAUUCUCCUUCUCCUACAUGCUUGCAUCAUGAAGAUCAUUCCAGAACUACUAUUAUUUGUGAUAGUUCCUUUUCUGCUGAACAGUGGAAAUGGAAUUGAAACAUCCACACAUAGCAUCAAUAAUAGAACACCUGAAAAACAACCUUACCGAACUUCUUAUCACUUUCAGCCCCGACAGAAUUGGAUGAAUGAUCCAAAUGGGCCUAUGUACUACAAAGGUGUUUAUCACCUUUUCUACCAGCAUAAUCCUGAAGCAGCAACCUUUGGUGAUAGGAUUGUAUGGGGUCACUCAGUAUCCUAUGAUCUCAUCAAUUGGAUUCAUCUAAAUAAUGCUAUUGAACCAAGUGGACCAUAUGAUAAUAAUAGCUGCUGGUCAGGCUCAGCCACUAUAAUCCCAGGGAAAGAACAACCAGUAAUUUUGUACACAGGAAUUGAUGAUAAGAAACAUCAAGUUCAGAACUUGGCUAUGCCAAGGAAUCUAUCAGACCCCUUCUUAAGGGAAUGGAUCAAACACCCUCAGAACCCUGUCAUGAGUCCACCAAGUGGAGUUGAAGUGAAUAACUUCAGAGACCCUUCAACUGCUUGGCAGGGAAAGGAUGGAAAAUGGAGGGUAGUAAUUGGUGCUCAAAAUGGUGAUGAAGGGAAGACAAUUCUCUACCAAAGUGAGGACUUUGUUAAUUGGAAAGUGGAUCCUAAUCCCUUCUACGCAUCAGAUAAUACUGGAGUUUGUGAGUGUCCAGACUUCUUCCCUGUUAACAUCAGUGGCAGCAAAAAUGGGGUGGAUACAUCUGUGCAAAAUCCAAGUGUUAGACAUGUCUUGAAGAUAAGCUAUCUAAGAAAGCAGCAUGAUUACUAUUUUCUUGGUAAAUAUGUAUCUGAUCAGGAAAACUUCAUUCCUGAUGUUAGGUUUACAGGAACUAGUUCAGACUUAAGGUAUGACUAUGGUAAAUUCUAUGCUUCCAAGUCAUUUUUUGACUAUGCCAAAAACAGGAGGAUAUUGUGGGGGUGGGUGAACGAGUCUGACUCCACACAAGAUGACAUUGAAAAAGGAUGGGCUGGUCUACAGUCAAUUCCUAGGCAAGUUUGGCUUGAUAAAAGUGGGAAGCGAUUGGUGCAAUGGCCAAUUGAAGAGGUAGAGAAACUACGUGAUAAACACAUAAGUAUAAUGGGAGAGAAACUCGUCUAUGGAUCAAAUCUUGAAGUCUCAGGUAUCACUGCAUCCCAGGCCGAUGUAGAAGUGUUGUUUGAGCUACCUGAGCUACAAAGUGCCGAGUUUCUUGAUCCCGAUGGAGUUGAUCCCCAACUACUCUGUAGCCAAGAAGAUGCAUCAAGAAGUGGCAUAAUAGGGCCAUUUGGUUUGUUAGCUUUAGCUUCAAAGGAUCUCAAAGAGCAUACUGCAAUCUUCUUCAAAAUAUAUAGAGCCCCCAAUAGAUAUGUUGGUCUAAUGUGCAAUGACCAAAGAAGGUCCUCAUUUCGCCAUGAUCUUGACAAAACUGCAUAUGGAACUAUCUUUGACAUAGAUCCUAAUCUCAAAAAUAUUUCACUAAGAAGCUUGAUUGACCACUCCAUUAUUGAGAGUUUUGGGGAUGAAGGGAGAGUUUGUAUCACUAGUAGAGUUUAUCCAUCGUUGGCUAUAGACAAAGAUGCCCAUCUUUAUGCAUUUAACAAUGGAAGCCAGAGUGUGGUGGUCUCAAAACUGAAUGCUUGGAGCAUGAAGCAAGCGGAGAUUGGCCGUGAGGGAAACAUAAGCUAUACCUAAGAAUGAUUAGAAGAUUUUGGAUAUUGUUGCAUUGAAUAAAACCAUCAAUUUAGUAUCCGAAGUAUUGCAUUCUCUCCUAUUUACUCUCUAAAAGUAAUAAAAUUAUAUUAGUAAUCCACUAAGUAUUGAGCAUCCAUCAGUUUAGUGCUUGAAUUAGUAUAUUUUACAAACCUUUAGGGACCAAUUUGAUAGAUUUUACAAUACUUGAAGGAUUACUUAUUAUGAUUUCUAAUGUGAGAGAAUACUUGUAUAAUUUUCUUACUAACCAUUUAGGAGAGAGUAAUACUUCAGGGAUGAAAUUGAGGGUUUUCUCUUGUUGUAGUUGUGUCUUAUAAUUUGUUUUUCCCUCUUUAUUGGUCUCUCCAAGGUUGUCUUAUUCGGGAUGUAACUCUGCUGUCUAUUGUUAUUUAAGAACUAAUAGUAAUGAGUCUCUGCAGAUCAACGAAUUUAGCUUACUCACCAAUUUUGUUAAAGAACAUUUCCAAAUUCAGUACCACUCUACAGAGUUUUUCCUGGAGCUUA